CCAGUGGUGAGCCAGCUCUCAGCUGUCAGAGAACAUUCUGUCUGAAGUGGAGGCACAAGCAGGAUCUCUGUAUUCUUUAUCUGACGCUGCAGCUCUCGUCCAAACCUCAACAUUUAAAGGACUUUCUGUGGCUUUCUGUUUCUACUCAGCUACAACAACUGCCAGACAAGGAGUUAAAAAAGAAGAAGAUAUCCACUAAAACUUGGCUUUUUUAUUCUGUUUCUCUUCUAUUUCCUCCUUGCUGUCUUAAUGCCCACGGCGGUGUGGUCAGGACCAGAGGAGGAUGGGUCCGGCUGUGGAGGCUCAGGCCCAGAAGGCCGUGGAUGCAGAGCAAAAGCAGCAACAGCAGCAGCAGUGCUACAUGGAGAAAGGGGUGAUGCUUGAGCCUUUCCUACACCAAGUGGGGGGACAUUGCUGCGUCCUGCGCCUCGGGGAGCAGACCAUCUGCAAACCCCUCAUCCCCCGCGAACAUCAGUUCUACAAGAGCGUACCUGCAGCAAUGAGGAAGUUUACCCCCCAGUAUAGAGGUGUGGUGUCAGUGAGCUUCGAGGAGGACGAAGAAGGGAACCUUUGCCUGAUUGCUUACCCCAUCCAGAGUGACCCAGCAGAUGAUUUAGAAAACAAGGACCCCUCGGCCGACGGUGAGCCCAAAUGCGAGAUGCUGAUGUGGGGGAAAAUGAUGGCAUCCUGGCCGCUUGUGGACAGCGAAAAUUACAGCAAAGAUGGCAGAAGCCGCCAUUCUUGUAAAGACCAGGACAAGAGUGUUAAUAAGCUGGAGGAGGAGGCCGAGGUGCUCUACUACAGACUGGAGCGCAGUCACAGUAACGCUGUACCACAGCUCAAACACAACCCCUGGACCCAACAGCACCACCUGCAGAAGAUGAAGGACAAAGCCAUGCACUGCAACCAAUACAAAUUCCUCCUGCUGGAAAAUCUGACGUGGCGGCACACGUUGCCGUGUGUGUUGGACCUGAAGAUGGGCACGCAGCAGCAUGGAGAUGAGGUCCCCGAAGAGAAAAAAGCGAGGAAGAUGCACAAGUGCCAGCAGAGUACAGCAUCUGUUUUAGGAGUCUGCCUCUCUGGCAUGCAGGUGUACCGGUGUGACACGGGCCAGCUGAUGUUCAUGAACAAGAUCCAUGGCCGCAGGCUGACUGUGUUGGGCUUCAAGGAGGCUUUGUUCCAAUUCUUCCACAGCGGACGGCGUCUACGAAGUGAACUCUUCUCAUCGGUGCUGUUCAGGCUCAGAGAGUUGCAAGCUGCCCUGGAAACCUGUGAAUCCUAUCGCUUCUACUCCAGCUCUCUGCUCAUCAUCUACGACGGAGCGCCCCACCAAAAACACACGGAGGAUGGCCUCUCGGAAGAAGAAGAAGAGGAUGAAGGUGAGGAGGUGGAGGCUGAACCAGAAAUGGAGGAGGGUAAAGUAGCAGGUGCACUUGGUUUUCCUCGCAGGCCCUCCACGUCUAGCAAUGACAGCACCAGUGGCGGGAGCUCAGGUGUCAGCCAGGCUCGCUUGUCCCUCUCAGACGCUCGUAGCCCCUUGGUGGAUGUGAGAAUGAUAGAUUUUGCCCACACCACCUGCAGACAUUACCACGGGGACAGCGUGGUGUACGAGGGCCUGGACAGCGGCUACAUCUUUGGUCUCCAGCACUUGAUCACCAUCAUCUCCGAGCUGGAGAGCCACAGCACAGACUGAAGACUGACAUGACACACACACACAUUCAGACAUAGAUGCACAGUAACACAGAGGACAAAGAGGAGGACUUGACUACAGAGGCGGAGAGAGAUUUCUCCUUUCCUCUUCAAACAUAGACCUGGCCUGUGAUUGGACCCAGUUCCUGGUUCUGCCGUUGGUGCUUCUCAAUGUUCCUGUUGUUGUGUGUGUCCGUCUUUGGAAUAUGAAAGAGACCUGCACAUAACAUAAACCAGCCGUUUGACUGAUGUAAUCUCUAUAAACAGAUUCUGCAUCUUAUCCGUUGUCAGACUGAUAGCCGAUGGGUUCCCAGAUUGUGACUGAGUGUAGUAAUUUACCCGACGUCAUCAUUCUGUUUAACAAAGUUCACUGUUGGAACAAAUGGGUAGGCAGCAAUUAAAGAAGUUUGAAGUCUUGAGACAGAUCCAGACGAAAUAUUUUCCUAAUGUCCGAUUCCAAAGAAGGUGUCAGCAAUUUGUACGCACAAACACAUCCUGUUGAACAAGUAUGUGGUUGCACUGGUACAGGGUUAUGAGAGAGAGCAGGAGUUGUAUGAGUAUGAGGACAGAGCCAAUAGGAGGAGAGGUCGUGAGCCCACACCCUCCAGUCUUCUUUUUUGCCUGUUCUUUCAGCCAUCCUUCUAUCCCUGUUCAUCUCCACUCAAAGAGACUAUAUUCAUAUAGGUAUCAGGGACAGAUGAUAUAGAGUUAUUUCUUUAUUUGACAUGUUUCAUAAAAUAAACUAAAAGUUCAAAAAAGAAUAUGAAUGAAGAGUACUACAUUCCAUGUUAUUGAUGUUAUAAUAAUGAUAUUAAUUAAUAUUGUUAUUUGACAUCUUUGGUACCUCUAUCUUGUAUGUAUGUGUUGUCCACACUUUGUUGGCAAAGAAAAUAAAGACACUGGUUUGUGUUAA